AUGAACCCACCGCGUCGGCAAACUGGUGUCAUGCGGUUUCUGACAGAGUGGUGGAGCCAGCAGCAUCAGGUUGUUCUCCACGAUGAGAGCCCCAAGCUGCCGCCUCUGCAUGGGGAAUUCCAGACCCAGCUUUGCUGUGUCUUGAACUUCUGCGUCUGCUCUGGGCGCGGACAAGUGGCUUUGUUCUUCCACAAGAAUUUGGCCUCGCUGCUCCGUCCACACUUUGUACGGCGCCAGAAAGUAACUCCGCCCGGCAGAAGUGCACUCGACGAUGCUCUCCUGGUGAUGCGUUUCAGCAGCAGCUACUCAUCCUCUGAUGCAGCCUCCUACCUCCUGAGCUUGGAGGACGACGCGGAACCCAAGCCUUGUCCCGGAGAUGUAUGGUAUCAUUUGUCUUAUAUGAACCUGACUACUUUUCACUGCACGCUCCUCCCGCUGCGUCUCGCCACAGAAGGGCAAUCUGGGCCAGGCUACAAUUUGGUGCUUCCUCCUGAUGCUGCCUUCCAGUCCAGUGUCGAGCAGUUCUCGGCGGAUAUUGAUUUUGACUUCCGCUGGCAGGUGCACUUCUUCACUGUUUCGCGGUCCGAGCAACUUGGCCAGUGCUCCGUUUUACCAGAGGAUAUGGCUGCAGCGAAUGUGCACGUAGUGCCACUUGCCCAGAUCCCUUCCUUCUACUGUUGGCAAGGGGCUACUGCAGAGGCAGCUAGGCGGUUGGAAGCAUCGCGCCGGCCUCCGCGAAACCCUAGAAGGCCAGCAGCUGGACGGCAGCCUCCCAGGCCGCGGCAGCAGCGUCCUCGGGCGGAACAGCCUCGUGCCAGUGGUCACGGUCCUGCUGCAGCUCCUCUGGAAGAUGAGGCCUCUCAGGACGCCUCUCAGGACGAGCUCGUCGCUGAGGAAGCGGCUUUGUGGGCCAGUGCCAGCAGCUCCGGCGAGGAAUCCGAGGCCGAAUUGUCUGACAUUGCUGGCAUGCAGGAAGAAGAAGCGCGACUAGGAGGGGAUGCUGCUGCUGUAGCACCGGAUUCAUCAGCUUCAUCAUCAUCCUCGCAUGCAGACGAGCCAGCUGCGGCAGCAGCUCCGGAGGGCGAAGCAGAUGCAGACGCUCACAGCGUGCGAACAAGCGACAUGAGCAUUAGCUCCUUCGAUGCAGGCGACGCAGAGGAGAGCGACGGCAGUCAGGGCUCUUCUGACUCUUCAUCAUCCAGCAGUUCACAAGAUGGAGCCGGUGGAGCCCCACGACGAGCCGAGGUGCUGCCGCGCCGGGAAGCUGUGCCGGAGCUCCGCCUGGACAUUGCAGAUCGUGGUUCCAUACGUUUCAACACCGUCCUGGGGUACUUCAGAGCUAUUUGCACGCGGCAUCCCAACUGCACUCGCCAGCGCACGUCCGAGGGAUCCAAUCAUCCCUCUCGAACAGCGCAAGGCAGACCGCUUGGCUUCUUAGCCGCCUGGCUUUUGGAGGACACGCAUGUCAAUGCCAAGGAGACACAUCCCUCUAAUGCGCCCAGCCUGCAAAGCAGGGCACGCAUCUGCAAUUUGAACGCUGUCUGGAAGAGCGACAGCAUCAAAUGGCGUGAGCAGCUGCAGAUCUCCAACUCGUAUGCACCCUGGACAGCCAGGCCUGGCACACGCCUGGCAGGUGUCCCGAAGCAGGACCGUGUGAGGGACUUGAUCGACUUGUGCUGCGCUGACGUCCUGGGGGGCCACGUAAAGGGAAGAGAAGUGCCCAAGCUCCUGCGAGACGUGUUUGUGGACGUUUCCCAGAGCCAUGCCAGAAAGCCAAAGACCAGGAAAUGUGGCAUGCAUCCGUGUCUGACAACGUCCAGCACAUGGUACAGCUACCGCUUGGAUCGCAUGCUGGUUCCACAUGAGAAUUUCCUUCUUCAAGGCCACAGCCGCGCCAGGAUGCUGCGUGGCUGUCCCGUGAUGCCAAUUGCAAGCUUCCAGUCCCUCGCAGGAGAGGGCUUUGCUGUGCCAUGCAUCGCCGCCGUGCUCGCCACGAUUCUCGAGGUCAUCGAUUUCCGUGGAUGUGGGCCUACGCAGCAGUGA